GCCCGUGUCGUACCGUCCUGAAGACAUGAACCAGGCAGCUUCCAGUCGAGCACAGUGGGGAUCUCUGGUGUCCGCACAUUCCCCGAGUCCCUCUCAAAUGCAACCUACACCUAGCAAAAAUAAUUUUUGGGCGGGCCCAGCAGCAACUGCAACAACUCACUUACACCCACCCGCUCACAUAUGUACAUACCACUGGAUCAAACCCCGAAACCGCUGGACAAACUGGAACCACACUCUUGCAGAAGAGGAGACGACAGAGCUACAAAAGAAAACCACAAAAUGUCGCGCAGCCUACCUAAUGUCAUCAUCACGGGCACGCCCGGCACCGGAAAGACCAGCCACUGCGAGCUGCUGGCCGAGCGCACGGGCCUUAAGCACAUCUCUGUCAACGACGUGGUGAAGGACCGCGAGUGCCAUGAGGGCUGGGACGAGGAGUAUCAGAGCUGGAUCGUGGACGAGGACAAGCUCCUUGACGCCAUCGAAGACGAGGUCAAGCAGGGCGGGUGCAUAAUAGAUUGGCACGCGUGUGACCUGUUCCCAAAGAGCUGGAUCGACCUGGUGGUCGUGCUGCGGGUGGACACGGCGACGCUGUAUGAUCGGCUAACAGCGAGGAAAUACCCAGAGGUAAAACUCCAAGAGAAUAUCGACUCAGAAAUCAUGGACGUUUUGUUGCAGGAGGCGAAGGAGUCGUAUGACGAGGAGAUUGUGGUCGAGCUGCAGAGCGUGACGGCGGACGAGAUGGAGAGCAACGUCGAGAGGAUUGAGCAGUGGUUGGAGCAGUGGAAGAAGAACAAUGCUACCUAGUGUUAAGAAAAUCUAGCAAAAGUCCAACCUCAAAUCCACGAGACAUGCCAGGAUGAACAACAUGGACUACUAUUCUGAUAUUCCACAGUGCCCGAAACUUGGGAGCUCCAGGGCCCCAGAGCU